AUGGCGGAUUCUCCGGCUACAUUACAAUACCUUGCCCCUUAUACAGGAGCAGCUUUGGCUGAAUAUUUUAUGUACAGAAAACAACACACUUUAAUCAUUUAUGAUGAUCCCUCCAAACAAGCACAAGCUUAUCGACAAAUGUCUCUUCUUUUACGAAGACCGCCCGGCCGCGAAGCUUAUCCGGGAGAUGUUUUUUAUUUGCAUUCACGCCUUUUGGAAAGAGCCGCUAAAUCAAGUUCUGCUUUAGGUGAAGGAAGUAUGACUGCUUUACCAAUAGUUGAGACCCAAUCGGGAGAUGUUUCAGCUUAUAUUCCUACUAAUGUAAUUUCCAUUACCGAUGGACAAAUAUUCUUAUCUGCGGAUCUAUUCAAUGCUGGAAUCAGACCUGCUAUUAAUGUGGUAUCAAUACGAGUCAUAAAAAGCCUUUCUUCUUCUUCUUCUUCUUCUUCUUCUUCGUUUUCAGAGAUUACUUAUAGAUCCUUAAGUUCUUCGGUAGCAGCAACCACAUGGUCAAACUUUAAAGUUAAAUUUCUCAACACUUUUGCAACAAUUGUCUCAUCCGAAAUUUGUUCACCANGACUUAUUGCUAUUGAUGCGAUGAUUCCUAUCGGACGUGGUCAGCGAGAAUUAAUUAUUGGGGACAGGCAGACCGGUAAAACUGCAGUAGCCACGGAUACGAUUCUGAAUCAACAAGGGCAAAAUGUAAUAUGUGUUUAUGUAGCUAUUGGUCAAAAAGCCUCUUCUGUGGCUCAAGUAGUUACUACUUUACAGGAAAGGGGGGCAAUGGAAUACACUAUUAUAGUAGCCGAAAUGGCGGAUUCUCCGGCUACAUUACAAUACCUUGCCCCUUAUACAGGAGCAGCUUUGGCUGAAUAUUUUAUGUACAGAAAACAACACACUUUAAUCAUUUAUGAUGAUCCCUCCAAACAAGCACAAGCUUAUCGACAAAUGUCUCUUCUUUUACGAAGACCGCCCGGCCGCGAAGCUUAUCGGGGAGAUGUUUUUUAUUUGCAGUCACGCCUUUUGGAAAGGGCCGCUAAAUCAAGUUCUGCUUUAGGUGAAGGAAGUACGACUGCUUUACCAAUAGUUGAGACCCAAUCGGGAGAUGUUUCAGCUUAUAUUCCUACUAAUGUAAUUUCCAUUACCGAUGGACAAAUAUUCUUAUCUGCGGAUCUAUUCAAUGCUGGAAUCAGACCUGCUAUUAAUGUGGGUAUUUCCGUCUCCAGAGUAGGAUCUGCAGCUCAAAUUAAAGCCAUGAAACAAAUAGUCGGCAAAUCAAACUUCAGACCCUUCGUAUGA